AUGUCCUACUCUCUUCCUCCAGGUUUGGACCCCAAUCAAAUCGCCCUCAAUUACACUUCUGCCUACGGCUUCACCGAGGUGACCUUUGCGCAGCUGGACUCGUAUGUCAAGGCCAAUGCGGAAGUCGCAGCGAUCUUUGGCAUGAGAAUCGGUCUGGCAGCCAUAGCUGUUCCUGCCAUAUAUUUUGUCACUCGAAACAAGAAGUCUGUACUCUUCGUACUUAACGAGGUGUGCAUGGCUACCAUGCUCAUCCACGGCAUCAUGACCGUCUGCACCAUGUUUGAAGCUUACCGUUCGCUCGCUUUUAAUUUCUCAGGCUACUUGUAUGUGGACAAGCAUGCCUCCGAUCUGAGCGCUGCCACGAAUGUCAUCUAUGUGAUCCUGAUCGGCCUGACUGAGGCCUCGUUGACCUAUCAAGUACACAUUGUUUUCAGAGGCCCGUCUUUCCACUACAGAAAUGUUGGCUUCGGUAUGGUGGCAGUGUGCGGCCUUCUGGGCUUGGCCUCAACGGUGUUGUACUUCAUCUACGCAGUGAUGUCGAACAUUGCCUUAUACGACAUCAACAGCUCUGUUCCAAUGUGGGUGAUGAACGCUUCACAAAUUUGCUACGCCAGCUCUUCUUUCAUUAUCUCGAUUAUACUCUCUUGCAAGCUUUUUGUGGCCAUUCGGACCAGAAAGUUUUUGGGGCUGAGACAGUUCAGCAUCUUCCACGUUCUCUUUAUCAUGGCCCUCCAAACCAUGAUCAUCCCAACAAUUCUGGUUCUGGUGUCUUUCAGAGAGGUGAAAGGCUCUUCUGGUCCUGACAAGGCCCUGAAUGCUGUUGGUACCGCGCUUAUUGCCAUCUCGCUGCCAUUAACUACUAUGUGGGCCAACAGUGCCGUUGACGAGACAUCCUCGAGCUCAGCUUCCAACACGUAUCUGCAGAAAGUCGAGAGCUACUCCUCUUAUGGCUCAGGAGAUAGCGGAAGCCCUAAGUCGUACAAGUCAGGCACUAGCAUCAGUGAGGAGGUCAAGGAUAUCGACUCGCACUACAGCACGAGUCCAAACACCGCCGUCACUGACAAGAACUUCUGGUCCGAGGUCCAGUACCUGGCCCAGGGUCUCAAGCCUGCAGAUCUGGAUGACGACGAGUUUGUCCGUGCUACUGUCGAGACUUCAAUCAAUAGGAAAUAA